GAGCACACGGCAGGUAGAGCACCCGGCGCGCACACACACCCUCACACAUCACCCCCCCGACCCGCACACACACUAUAACACAACGAUACACAAACACACACAUAUACCCACACUCCCCCUCUCAAAGGUGCCCUGAGCGAGCCGUUACAUUGGCCAGGCCCACCAGCCCUGUGCAUGUCCACGCUGAAGAGAGGGACCAUUUGGGACAGCAGCAGACAGAGGUGGAUGAUGAUGAUGCCCUGCCGGUUGCUUUUGGGACUCCUGGUCCUGAAUGUGGUGUUGGCCUCUCCCACAAGAAACGCCCGGCAAGUGGAACUAGACAACUAUGAUGUGGAUAUAGACAACUUGGACCACGAUACCAUUGAGUAUUACGACGAGCUGAUUGACGAGCCUCAGAUAGAGAUCGGCACUUUGCCCCCAGAUGAGGACAAUGACCCUGCACCAGGUGCUUCACUGGAGGAGGAGGAAGAAGAAGAAUAUGAGCGGGAAAGAGGAAGACAGGAUAAGAAGAAAUUGCCAAUAAAGCCCCAGCUUAUUCCAUCAGGCUCUGGGGAGCCAGGGGUUUUGAUGGGACCUGACACCCAGGGAGAGGAGGAGCUUCGUCUGACACCCAUUGACAUCCUUCAUAUCUCUGGAGACUCUUUGGGUUCUGGGGACAACUCUGGAGGUUCUGGAGCUUCAGAGACUUCUGGGGAGACUCUCAGUUCUGGAGUAUCUGGUUCUGGGGAACCUCUUGGCUCUGGAGGUUCUGGGGACUUCAGUUCCGGAGGCUCUGCAGACGUUGGUUCUGGAGCCUCUGGGGACAUUUUUUCUGAAAGCUCUGGGGACACUGGUUCUGGACUUCCAGGAGACCUUAUUUCUGGAGACUCUGGGGACUUAGUUUCAGGAGUCUCUGGGGAUUUUGUUUCCGGAGUCUCUGGGGACUUUGUUUCCGGGGUCUCUGGAGACUUUGUUUCCGGAGUCUCUGGGGACUUUGUGUCCGGGGUCUCUGGAGACUUUGUUUCCGGAGUCUCUGGAGACUUUGUUUCCGGAAUCUCUGGGGACUUAACUUCUGGAGACUCUGGAGACUUACCUUCUGAAGUCUCUGGAGACUUUAUUUCUGGUAUCUCUGGGGACUUAAUUUCUGGAGUCUCUGGGGACUUUGUUUCUGAAGUCUCUGGGGACCUUGGUUCUGGGCCCUCUGGGGGUUCUGGGUUAGUGAUAACGCUCAUCCCUGACACAGGGGAGGAGCUACCCUUGACACCCACCACCAUCCCUGAAGAAGCCACUGGGGUUUCUGGGGAGUCUGGGGCUCCUGAGGUGUCUGGUCUUCCCGAGGUGUCUGGUUUACCUGAGGUGUCUGGUUUACCUGAGGUGUCUGGCUUACCUGAGGUGUCUGGUUUACCUGAGGUGUCUGGUUUACCUGAGGAGUCUGGGAUUCCUGAGGUGUCUGGUUUACCUGAGGAGCCUGGGAUUCCUGAGGAGUCUCAGACUCCUGAGGAGUCUGAGACUCCUGUGGAGUCUGAGACUCCUGAGGAACCUGAGGAGCCAGUGGUAACGAUAAUCCCUGACAUAGAAAAAGAGGAGGAGCUGCUUCCCACCACCCAGACCACCCCCCAGGAGGGGACUGGGGAAACAAUAGAGUCAGGGGAGUCUGGGCUACCUGACCUUGACAUUGAAACUGAAACUGACAUACAAGGUAUGCCCACCUGUCUGCUCUGUACCUGCCUGGGAGGAUCUGUGUACUGCGACGACGUGAAGCUGGUGCACGUGCCUCCUCUCCCCAAAGAUACCACUCACUUCUACGCCCGCUACAACAAGAUCGCCAAGAUCAACAAAUCCGACUUUGCCAACAUGAACAAGCUAAAGAGAAUCGAUCUGACCAACAACGCCAUCGCCAAGAUCGAUGAUGGUGCACUCUUUGGUCUGCCUGCUUUGGAAGAGCUGGUAAUUAGGGAAAACAAGGUGGCACAACUCCCGGCUCUGCCACCCACCAUGACCCUCGUGGACGCCAGUCACAACAAACUGGGCAGCAUUGGCAUCCAGAACGAGGCCUUCAAGGACAUGACUGGGCUGCUUUACCUCUACUUGACGGACAACAACAUUGACCACAUCCCUCUUCCUCUGCCGGACAGCCUGCGCUCUCUGCACCUACAGAACAACAACAUCCAGAUGAUACACGAGGACACUUUCUGCCAUCUGAACGACUUGAACUACAUUCGCAAAGCGCUGGAGGACGUCCGCCUGGACGGCAACCCCAUCAACCUCAGCAGAACCCCGCAGGCUUACGUGUGUUUGCCGCGUAUUCCUGUCGGCGCCCUAAUUUAAGCACACACACACGCACAGAUACACACCAAAACCUCUGUGAGAGUUUCCAACGUUUUUUUUUUUUUACUUUGGGCUGGAGUAAACACUUGUAUAUGAAUGGCUGUCUUAUACUGGAGGUUUGCACACACUUCCACUCUUCAGCUGCUCGUUCCUCUCAAUAACACCAUUUUUCAGUUCUUUUUUGUUUUGUUUUGUUUUGUUGUGUUUUCUUCACCCA